AUGGAGACCUGGCCUGGUUGUGUUGGUCCUCUCACCCAGAAACAACCAACGAAUGCAACCAAAGAAUCCAACACUGGUUUAGUUGUGGCUUCUCGCCUCAGCGAAGAUGCCAGCACUCGUGUUCUCGUUGUGGAAGCUGGCGCCGAUAAGAGUGCUGAUACUUUGGUAUUGACACCUGGCUUGGUGGCAGGUGUCUAUGGGAAAGAUGAAUAUGACUGGGAUUUUACCUCAGUUCCUCAGCCUGGUUUAAACAACCGAAGGAUCAACCAAGCACGAGGAAAGAUGCUUGGAGGUAGCUCUGCUUUGAACUUCAUGUUGAUGCUGUAUCCAUCAAGGGGAGUUCUGGAUGCCUGGAGUGCGCUUGGCAACGCCGGCUGGAGUUUCGACGAGCUCACGCCUUAUUUCCGCAAGUUCGGCACAGAUCACCCGCCUCCUCAAUCCGCAAAGAACAUAGUCGGGCUGGACUACCACGACGAGACUCCGAUUGGAAAAGGGCCGAUUCAAGUCUCUUUCGGUGAAGGCUGUAGCCCUAUGAAUGCUGCGUGGAUGAGCACGUUCGACAAGCUUGGCCUCGGCGUGACUGGCGAUCCUCGGAGCGGAAAGGCUUACGGUGCUUUCCAGAACCCGUGCAGCAUCGAUCCGGAGAAUAAGACAAGAAGCUUCGCAGCGAGCGCUUACUACACGCAGGAGGUGGCUGCACGACCCAACCUGGCGGUCUUGACCGAGACACAGGUGAAGAAGAUUAUAUUUGAUACCACCCAUGGCGGCGUAACUGCGACUGGUGUUCGCAUUGUCAGCAAGAAUGGCGAAGAGAGGACGAUUGAGGCCAAAGUGGAAGUCGUCCUUGCUGCAGGCACUCUCCAAACGCCUCAGCUAUUGGAGCUGUCUGGUAUUGGUGAGAGCAAUUUGCUUGAGAGUCAUGGCAUUCCCGUUGUGGUUGAUAACCCCAACAGCUUCGAGGUUAACGACGGAGUCCCAUCAGCGGACGUUCUCCGAGACGAGAAUAUCCUCAACGCCGUUGUCGGCGAGUAUAUGGCUACGCGUGAGGGUCCGCUGGGCCAAAGCACCAUCAGCGCUGCUUACUCGCCUCUCGCCGACAACACCGGGCUGUUGCCAGAAGACGCGAAGAAAGCUCUGCUAGCUACACACGAAAAUCAUGCGAGCUCACCAGCUGGGAAGCUAGUGCGAUCUCUCAUCGAGACAUCGGACGAGCCAAGCAGCGAAUACCUGCUUUUCCCGUCUCAAAUCACGAUUAAUGAUCACCCGGCCAGCAUGGCUGAGUACAUCUUGCCCUCCAGACCGGAGAACUACAUCACUGUUAUGACGGUGCUGAACCAUCCGUUUUCUCGGGGAACGGUCCACAUCACCAGCCCCGAUUAUAAAGUGUUGCCGACAUGGGAUCCGAAGUACAACUCUGAUCCCCUCGACCUGGAGCUAUUGGCUCGCAACGUGCAGUUCGUCGAGCGAAUCGUAGGCACCGAACCUUUCAGCUCGCCACUCAAGCCUGGAGGCAAAAGCUUGCCCGAGUUGAAGGGUAACGACCUGGAGACCGCCAAAGACAUUGUGCGCCAAAGACAGAUUUCGGUGUUCCAUGUUUCAGGCAGUUGUGUCAUGAUGCCACGGGAGGAUGGUGGCGUUGUCGACGAUCGACUUAGGGUCUAUGGGGCGAAAAGUCUUCGCAUUGUCGAUGCCAGUGUCUUCCUGAUUGAGCCCUUGGGCAACAUUCAGAGCACUGUCUAUGCGGUUGCCGAAAGGGCAGCUGACAUCAUCAAAGAAGAUAGGAUGGCUUAA